AUGGCUAUGCAGGCCGCUGCAGCGCGCCGCCGUGCAGGCGCUGCGGCCGCGGACGCCCUUUCCGAGAAGCACCGCGAGAUCGCCAAGCUGCGUGAGCAGAUCAAGGAGCGCGACGCCAUCAAGACCAAGAUCGUGGAGGCCAAGCCGCAUGCUGGACAGCUCCAUCACUAUACGACACGCAUCAACACCUUGUCGCAGGCCAAGGCUCAGCGCCAGAAAGUGUUGGAUGGUUACAGUGAGCAACGAGUGCAGUUGGAUGCCAAGAUCGCGGAGGCGGAGGCCCAGAUCAGCGAGCUGUGGGCUGACACCCAGGAGCUGGAGGCGUUGCGCUGGAAGGUCUCAGCCAAGGCGCCCACGGCAGAUCCUGGAGACUGCUCGCUGCGCACGCUCGUCCCCGCGAUGGGCCUUUCCGUCGAGAAACUGGGCCAGAUGCUGCAAGGCUUGGGAGCCGACGACGAGCUGUCCAAGUCCGUGUCGGCCUGUUUCGACCAGCUGCGAGCCCUGGUUGACAAGGCUGACGCUGCUGAGAAGGAGGGGUCGUCUGCCGAGGAAGCCGAGCCCGCUCGAGGCGCGGCACCAGCCAGCAGUGGGACCCGACCAGGGAUGCCGACGCCAGGCCAGCAACAAGCAGCUCAGGAUCGCGCCGCCCCCAUGGACACUGACGACAUCACCGAGCUGCGCGACUUCCUGCGCACGGCGACUGGCCAGGACCCGCCGCAGGAGGAAGAGCAGGUCAGGGAGGCCAUCAAGCGCAUGGCCAACGCAGCGGAGGCCUUGCAUGCCAAGAAGCAGUGCACAGGGCCGGUGUAUCACGUCGCCGUUUGGCUGAGUUUCUAUACGGUAACGUUCACGAAGCACCACUUUCGACAGGGCCCGCAAUUGCCCUUGCAGCGUUCCGACCUCUUCUACCAACCGAGUUUCCUUGAGGUGUUCGAUCGGGCCAUUGAGAAGGUCACCAAGGAGGUCUUGGAGCGCAGGGCUGGUUUGCGGGGUCUUGGGGGCAAUGGACUGGGCGCGCCUGAGUGGGACACGCUCGAGCUUGCGUACGGCCUGCCGUAUCACCUUAUGAAGUCAGCGCCCCAGCCCUUGCAGUGCCUGGUGUUCCACUGGGGGGGGGAGGGGGGCACGCGCCUCCCCUGGGAUCGGCAGAUCUACACCGACGGCUCUGGCCUCGCGAAUGCGAGCCCAGAACUGCGCAGGCGUGGAUGGGCCGCGGUGGAGAUGUUGGAUCCGGGCCUGCCCUUGAGGGCGGUGCACGGGCCUCUCCCUGGGCGCCAGUCGGCGCCCCGCGCGGAGAGGCAUGCUGGUCUGAUGGCGAUGAAAGUAGCUCCCCAGGACCAAGUGCUAGCUCUGCAGGCGGCGCCGAGCCUGUGCGACCUGGGCCUGUGGAGGGUGUUUAACGUGGCCGACCGGCCCAGAGCGUUCUUAGAGGCCGCGUCGGACCAGGUGGUCGACAGGUCGGGCCCGAUGGGCCAGAACACGUGGCAGGCCCGGCAGGUGAGGGCCAUCCAGGAGAGCGUCGUCCAGCAGCUGAGGAGCUUGGAGGUCCGUGCCGCGGGGAGCCUCCUGGAGCACGAGGCCCACGCCUCCGAGAAGGACCUGGAGCGGCUCCAGCGGCGGCUGCUCCAGACCGAGCGCCGCCGCCGCCGUCGGAACCUCGAGGUGGGCUCCCUGCGCAAGGCGCUGAGGGAGGUGCGCAGCGACGUCAUCGACGAGAGCACGCCGCCCAGCGCGAAGCACGACAUAGAGGCAGAGCAGCUGCUGUCCGAGGUGCGCGCGGAGCGCGAGGAGUGGUACUCCGACAAGAGGCGGCUCGAGGAGCAGAUACACCAGCUCGAGGAGGAGAACCAGGCCCAGAGGGCCGCUCCCGCCAGUGACCCGGAGAAGGAGAAGCUGAAGCGGCAGAUCAAGCAGCUCCAGAUGUCCAUCGACUCUCGGGACAGGUACGCCUGCUGGGUGUGCAACCAGCAGGCCACAGCGCGCGAGGCCAGCGACACCGACGGCGACGCGUCCGAGCGAGACGUGGAGGAGGACGACGAGGUCGAGGCCAUGCGCAAGCAGCUGUCGUGCAUGAAGUCGGAGCUGAAGAAGCUGAAGGGCCUCCCGAGCUGCGCGAGCACCCCGAGGGGCUCGGUCGCGAGCACCCCGAGGGGCUCGGUCGCGGGCAGCGAGGGCGAGAUCCCCGCCGUGGCCCCGCCGGCCAGCGCGCCCGCGCCCGCGGGGCCCGGGGGCCUCAAGCAGCCCGGCAGCGCCCCCCGGAGCGACCGGCGCCCGCUGCUCGGAGAGGAAGCGCCGGCGCUGCACGGGACCAGGCUCGCCACCCCCUUCGUGGCCGCGGGCGCGGAGGCCGCCCCGCGGGGGCGCCAGGGGCGGGUGACGUGGCUCGAGGCGCCCGCCGUCGUGGAGGUGCCCGCCGCCUCCGACGGCCCGCUGCGCGCCAGCCGGGCCCGGGUGGCCACGCCGCACGUGGCGCCGGACGGGGCGGAGGCCGCGGGCCCCGGCGGCGCCGCCGGCGCGGGGCCGCGCCCGCACUUCGCGGCCCUGCCGGCGUCCACCGAGGAGAUGGCCGUGGAGGGCCCCCUGCGCUCCAGCAGGUCGCGCACGGCCACCCCCUUCGCGCCGCCCGGCGAGGCGGAGGACGCGGCGGCCAGGUCCGCCGUGCGCUUCGCGGAGGACGUGGACGCCGCGGCCGUGCCGCUGGCCGGCGGCGGCGGGCGCUCCGUGGCCACCCCGGGAGUCCCGGGGGGAGGCGCCCACCCCGCGGCUCCCUCCGUGCAGUUCUCCGACGAGGUCAGCACUUCCCCGGUGCUGGUCGGCGGCGGCGCCGAGCUGCGGCGCUCGUCGCGCAGCCGCGUGAACACUCCGUUCGCCGCGCCGCCAGAGCUGGCCGGCCUGGAGGAGGAGUCGCCCAGCAGAGCCGCGGGCCAGGCGGGGUCCGUCCGAGACGGGGCCCCCGCGCCCUCGGUGCAGCCAGAGCAGGUGGGCCCGGCCGCGCCCGCCGUGUCCUUCCAGACCCGGGACGAGGCGACCGACAUUUUGGUGGCCGUCGCCGGCGAGAUGCGCGACGCGCGGCGCCGCACGCAGACGCCCGCCGUCGCGGGCGGCCUCGCGACGAGCACAGUGCGCUUCUCGCCAGCGGAGUCCGUGGCCGAGGCGGCCAGCCCGGCGCCCGCGCACGCGCGCGCGUUGAGGACGCGCACGCCGACGGGCUUCGUCCGCGGCGACGCUUCGGCGGGCUCCGCGGACGCCGGCGGCGGCGUGCGCUUCGCGGCGGAGGACAGCGUCGUGGAGGCUGCCAGCGCGGCGCCCGCGCAGGCGAGGUCCCUGCGGACACGCACGCCCACGGGCUUCGUGCACUGCGAAGAGGGCGGCGUUGCAGGUGGCCGCGGCCCCUCCGCCGGCUCCUCCGAGGGCGCCCCUGAGGACAGGGCGGUGAGGUUUGCGGCCGCGGUCAGCGUCGAGGAAGCCGCCAGCUCUGCACCGGCAUCGGCCAGGUCAGUGCGGGACCGCGUCUCGACUGGGUUCGCUUUUGCGGAGGAGACUGGCGAGCACGGUUCGUCUGUCAGCUUCGCGGAGGAGGGCGUUGAUGCUAGGGGCGUGCGAUUCGCGGGCGAGACGUCCGUGGGUGAGGCAGCCAGUUCGGCGCCGUCGCGUCCCAGAUCGGUGAGGGACCGGGUCUCAACUGGGUUCGCUUUCGCGGAGGAGCCAGGCGUGCACUUCGCGAACGAGACGUCCGUGGGCGAGGCAGCCAGUUUGGCGCCGUCGCGGCCCAGACCGGUGAGGGACCGCGUCUCGACUGGCUUUGCUUUUGCGGAGGAGACUGGCGAGCACGGUUCGUCUGUCAGCUUUGCGGAGGAGGGCGCGGAUGCCAGGGGCGUGCGAUUCGCGGGCGAGACGUCCGUGGGCGAGGCAGCCAGCUCGGCACCGUCGCGGCCCAGAUCGGUGAGGGACCGCGCCUCGACCGGGUUCGCCUUCUCGGAGGAGCCGGAGGAGGGCGUUGACGCCAGGGGCGUGCGAUUCGCAGGCGAGACGUACGUGGGCGAGGCCGCCAGCUCAGCGCCGCUGGGGGCCAAGCCGGUGAGAGACCGCGUCUCUACUGGAUUCGCCUUCGCGGAGGAGCCAGAGGAGGGCGUGGGCGUGCGGUUCGCGGGCGUGACGUCCGUGGGCGAGGCAGCCAGCUCAGCGCCGUCGCGGCCCAGAUCAGUGAGAGACCGCGUCUCCACUGGAUUCGCCUUCGCGGAAGAGCCGGAAGAGGGCACUGAUGCCAGGGGCGUGCGGUUCGCGGGCGAGACGUCCGUGGGCGAAGCAGCCAGCUCAGCGCCGUCGCGGCCCAGAUCGGUGAGAGACCGCGCCUCGACUGGGUUCGCCUUCGCGGAGGAGCCGGAGGAGGGCACUGGUGCCAGUGGCGUGCGAUUCGCGGACGAAACGUCUGUGAGCGAGGCAGCCAGCUUAGCGCCGCUGGGGGCCAAGCCUGUGAGAGACCGCGUCUCCACUGGAUUCGCCUUCGCGGAGGAGCCGGAGGAGGGCGUGGGCGUGCGAUUCGCGGGCGAGACGUCCGUGGGCGUGGCAGCCAGCUCAGCGCCGUCGCGGCCCAGAUCGGUGAGAGACCGCGCCUCGACCGGGUUCGCCUUCGCGGAGGAGCCAGAGGAGGGAUUUGGUGCCAGCGACGUGCGAUUCGCGGACGAAACGUCUGUGGGCGAGGCAGCCAGCUCAGCGCCGCUGGGGGCCAAGCCUGUGAGAGACCGCGUCUCCACUGGGUUUGCCUUCGCGGAGGAGCCAGAGGAGGGCGUGGGCGUGCGGUUCGCGGGCGUGACGUCCGUGGGCGAGGCAGCCAGCUCAGCGCCGUCGCGGCCCAGAUCGGUGAGAGACCGCGCCUCGACCGGGUUCGCCUUCGCGGAAGAGCCGGAGGAGGGCACUGACGCCAGGGGCGUGCGGUUCGCGGGCGAGACGUCCGUGGGCGAGGCAGCCAGCUCAGCGCCAUCGCGGCCCAGAUCGGUGAGAGACCGCGCCUCGACUGAGUUCGCCUUCGCAGAGGAGCCAGAGGAGGGCACUGACGCCAGGGGCGUGCGGUUCGCGGGCGAGACGUCCGUGGGCGAGGCAGCUAGCUCAGCGCCGCUGGGGGCCAAGCCAGUGAGAGACCGCGCCUCCACUGGAUUUGCCUUCGCGGAGGAGCCAGAGGAGGGCGUGGGCGUGCGGUUCGCGGGCGUGACGUCCGUGGGCGAGGCAGCCAGCUCAGCGCCGUCACAGCCCAGAUCGUUGAGAGACCGCGCCUCGACUGGGUUCGCCUUCGCGGAGGAGCCGGAAGAGGGCACUGACGCCAGGGGCGUGCGGUUCGCGGGCGAGACGUCCGUGGGCGAGGCAGCUAGCUCAGCGCCGCUGGGGGCCAAGCCAGUGAGAGACCGCGCCUCCACUGGAUUCGCCUUCGCGGAGGAGCCAGAGGAGGGCGUGGGCGUGCGGUUCGCGGGCGAGACGUACGUGGGCGAGGCAGCUAGCUCAGCGCCGCUGGGGGCCAAGCCAGUGAGAGACCGCGCCUCAACUGGAUUCGCCUUCGCGGAGGAGCCAGAGGAGGGCGUGGGCGUGCGGUUCACGGGCGAGACGUCCGUGGGCGAGGCAGCCAGCUCAGCGCCGUCACGGCCCAGAUCGGUAAGAGACCGCGCCUCGACUGGGUUCGCCUUCGCGGAAGAGCCGGAAGAGGGCACUGACGCCAGGGGCGUGCGGUUCGCGGGCGAGACGUCCGUGGGCGAGGCAGCCAGCUCAGCGCCGUCGCAGCCCAGAUCGGUGAGAGAUCGCGCCUCAACCGGGUUCGCCUUCGCGGAGGAGCCAGAGGAGGGCGCUGACGCCAGGGGCGUGCGGUUCGCGGGCGAGACGUCCGUGGGCGAGGCAGCCAGCUCAGCGCCGUCGCGGCCCAGAUCGGUGAGAGACCGCGCCUCGACUGGGUUCGCCUUCGCGGAGGAGCCAGAGGAGGAAGCUGACGCCAGGGGCGUGCGGUUCGCGGGCGAGACGUCCGUGGGCGAGGCAGCCAGCCCAGCGCCGCGGGGGGCCAAGUCGGUGAGAGACCGCGCCUCCACUGGAUUCGCCUUCGCGGAGGAGCCGGAGGAGGGCGUUGGCGUGCGGUUCACGGGCGAGACGUCCGUGGGCGAGGCAGCCAGCUCAGCGCCGUCACGGCCCAGAUCGGUAAGAGACCGCGCCUCGACUGGGUUCGCCUUCGCGGAAGAGCCGGAAGAGGGCACUGAUGCCAGGGGCGUGCGGUUCGCGGGCGAGACGUCCGUGGGCGAGGCAGCCAGCUCAGCGCCGCUGGGGGCCAAGCCAGUGAGAGACCGCGCCUCCACUGGAUUCGCCUUCGCGGAAGAGCCAGAGGAGGGCGUGGGCGUUCGGUUCGCGGGCGAGACGUCCAUGGGCGAGGCAGCCAGCUCAGCGCCGUCACGGCCCAGAUCGGUAAGAGACCGCGCCUCGACUGGGUUCGCCUUCGCGGAGGAGCCGGAGGAGGGCACUGACGCCAGGGGCGUGCGAUUCGGCGUGGGCGUGCGGUUCGCGGGCGAGACGUCCGUGGGCGAGGCAGCCAGCUCAGCGCCGUCACGGCCCAGAUCGGUGAGAGACCGCGCCUCAACCGGGUUCGCUUUCGCGGAGGAGCCAGAGGAGGGCGCUGACGCCAGGGGCGUGCGAUUCGCGGGCGAGACGUCCGUGGGCGAGGCAGCCAGCCCAGCGCCGUUGGGGGCCAAGCCGGUGAGAGACCGCGCCUCCACUGGAUUCGCCUUCGCGGAGGAGCCAGAGGAGGGCGUGGGCGUGCGGUUCGCGGGCGAGACGUCCGUGGGCGAGGCAGCCAGCUCAGCGCCGUCACGGCCCAGAUCGGUGAGAGACCGCGCCUCAACCGGGUUCGCUUUCGCGGAGGAGCCAGAGGAGGGCGCUGACGCCAGGGGCGUGCGAUUCGAGGCUUUCGCAGAGGGCACUUGCACACCUCUUCCCAUGCCUGGCCAGGCUGCCCUGGGCUCCAGGGUGGUGAUGUAUAGGGGCGUGGUGCGCUUCUCCGGGGAGGCCAGCGUGGCGGACGCCGCCAGCGCCUCCGCCGCGGAGCCGAAGCCGGGCGCCGAGACGGCUGGCAGGGCCGCCAGCCCCACGCCGCCCGACGCCAAGCCCGUGCGCACGCGCCAGGCCACCGGCCUCGUGCGCCCCGAGGAAGCUCCCCCCGCUUCGUGCGGCGGCGUCGAGCUCGGUGACGCCGAGGGGGAGGGGGAGGAGACCGCCAUAGACAACCGCUUCGUCACGUUCCGCAAGCGCGUGAGCGAGUUCCCCGUCUCGGCGCGCGACGUCUCGUCUCCCGAGGCCCCGGGCGUCCAGUUCUCGGAAGAGGUCGAGACCGGGGAAGCGCCCAGCGCCGAGGACGGGCGCCCGCCCGCCGGCGGCGGCACCGCUGGCGGCCACGAGGGCGAGGCGCUGCGGGAACCGCCGCCGAGGGCCGGCCUCCGCUUCGCCAGCGAGGUGUCGCAGGAGUGCGUGCCAGGUCGCGGAGAGAUGCGCCCGGUGCGCUCGCGCACGCCGACUGGCUUCGUCGACGAGGACCCGCAGGGUCUGCUCGGGGAGCCGCAUGCGGACGGCCCGGCCAGCGGCGGCGUCGCCUUCACAGAGGGCCCCGCGGUGUCCCCGAUGGCGGUCCCCACAGAGAUGAAGUCGACGCGGUCCCGUACGCCGACGGGGUGGCACGGUGCCGACGACGUCCCUCACGACGACGGUUGCGUGCGAUUCAGCGGCCUGCAGGAUUCGGAGGCAUCCAGCCCCAGCAGCCCGCGGCGCACCGCGACGAGGCGCUUCACGGCCCCGCAGUUCAAGGACGCCUCUGGGCACGAGGGCGGUAACAUCGGGCGCAGCGUGCCCCGUGUGGAUCCAGAAGACGGCCACGAGGACGCCGCCAGCGACGCGGAGACCGUGUCCAGCCGCUGCAGCUCUCGCAACCCGCGCUCGCGCAUGAACACGCCCUACCUGGGGAAGAGCAGCUUGAUGACGUCGGCGGAGGCUUCCCCGGAGCCCGACGAGGCUCGCCUGGGCGGCAGCAGCCGCAAGCCGAUCCGCGCGCGCAGCGUGGACUCCGGGCUCGGCAUCGCCGUGAAGAACACCACCGGGGUCACGCCCUCGGACUCCGACCGCGACGCCAUCAAAUCGGUCGGCGACUCGAACAUGGAGCGGGAGAUCGCCUCGCGCGUGCAGCGCAACGCGCAGCGCCAGGCCCGCGAGGACCGGGAGUGCAGCGCCCUGCCCGCCUUCCCCGGGGGCGCCGGCGCCACUCCGCUGCCGUGGCGGGCGCCGUCCUUCGAGGGCGCGGAGGAGCCCGGCGUAGACUUCCUCUCGAGGCACAGGGUGGAUGACGUCGUGAAGGACACCGAGAUGUUGAGGACGUCGCUUCGAGGCCUUACCUUCUUCGAGGAGUUCGACGACGACGGAAUGGAGGAGCUGAUCAAGGAGAUGGAGGUCUACCAGUUCGAGGACCAAGAGAAGGCCGUUCGGCAGGGUGACACGGAUGGCACUCACUUCUUCGUGGUGGCGGAGGGCGAGUUCGUUGUCGAGAGGGACCGCGAGCCGAAAGUGGUCCUGGUGCCUGGCCGCUGCUUCGGCGAGAGCGUGCUCAUGCUCUUCGGCGAGCGGAACGCCACUGUCGUGUCCCGCGGGCGUACCAGGGCCUAUGGCAUGGAGGGCAUGGCGGUCCGCGAGAUGUUGCGGACACAGUACGAACAGAAGCGCGCGUCUGUGGUGGAGGCCCUGGACGAGGUCAUCAGCUCCAACGGCUGCGAGAUGCUGUCCGCGCUGAACGCCUACCAGCUGCAGAGCCUGUACGACCGGGUCGAGAUGCGCAGGUUCGAGCAGGGCGCCACGCUCAUGGAGGAGGGCCCCUGCGACGCCCAGGAGGUGAUCAUCAUCUGCUCCGGCAGCGUCAAGGUCACAGAGCGAGGGCAGGACCUCGGCGAGCUCCCGCGCUUCGCCGUGGCCGGCGAUCGCGCCAUGGUGUUCCAGGAGAGCCCCACGACGCUCACGGCCGCCAAGGGCCCCGUGCAGGUGCUCGUGCUUACGAGGAGCCUGCUCGAGACCAUCUUCGGAGACCAGCUGGAGCAGGUGCUGGUGCGCCACCGGCUCCUCUCCGUGCUCGCGCAGCACCCCGUCUUCUCCAGGAUCCACGAGGAGCAGCGCCAGGCGCUCGCCACGGCGUGCGUCAUCCGCCAGAUACAGCCUGGGCAGGAAUUGACGGGCGUACAGAUCUGCGAGGGCGUGCUGGAGACGGAGCUCCCGACGCAGACGGCGCCCAGCUGCCUGACGUCGGAGGACUACUGGCUGACGAGGGAGGACAUGCGCCUCGCGCUGCAGAUGCAGCUGCGGCCAGACGAGUGCAGGAGCUUGGUCCUCGAGUUGAGGAGCACCCAGGACUUGCUCAGCUUGCUGACCCUGUUCCGGUCGACGGCGCCGGAGGGCGAGAGGGCCAGGGCGAACGAGCGGUUCUGCAAGGUGGUCAAGAGAAUGAUGGAGCACCGCAUCCCGCAGCACGCGAUCUGCAGCAUCCCAGAGCUGAUGACCGACAUCGACGACGGCACGCGCGGGGCCUUCAGGGAGUGGCUGGACGUGAGCGUGCCUGACGCGGCGCAGCAGCUCUGCGGAGAGGUCACCACGUGCGCCACGACAGACGUCCCGAUGGGUGCACAGGAGGUGCCCAUCCUGUCCGCCGACGGCUUCCGCGUCCGCGACCAGGUCGAGAUAUCCGCCGGCGAGGUCUCGGAGACGAGGGACAUCGUCGGCUUCGGCUCCGCCGGCGCGGGCAGCUCCCCGUCCUUCCGGGUGGACGCCCCCCUGCUCAACGCGUACCCCCCGGGCGCGACGGUCGCGCGCAGCCAGAUGAUGGACGGCUCGCCGCGCCAGCCCAGCAAGCAGCGCGCCCUGGAGAACUACGAGCGGUUCCACAAUCUGCCCCGGGGCACCGCCUCGUUCGAGCAGGUCGCCAUCACCUCGGCCGGCAUCGCCGGCUGGUCCUCGACCUCCAUCGGCGAGGUGGAGAGGUACCUCGACCACUGCUACUUCUACAACCUGGAGAUACGCGGCCUCGAGCCCAAGUGCAGGCACCGCGAGCAGUGCCGGAAGGUGCACGCCCGGAUGCCCGACGCGGUGUUCGAGACCAUGGCGGCCCCCAAGAGGGCCAGGGACCUGCGCUUCGCGAUCGUGCUCCACGGCGAGGUCGAGACGCGCCCGGCGGGCGACGAGGCGCCCGCAGCGAAGGUCACCCGCCACUCGGGCGGCUCCGCGGAGGGCUGCACGUUCGGCGAGGAGAUGCUCCUGCACAGGGGCAGGAGGUGGAACCUCCUCGUGAAGGCGACGUCCGACAGCCCCGCGAAGCUCGCGAUCUGGCGCGGCCAGGAGCUGGACCCGGUCCUGAUGUUCGACAACCUGGACUUCGCGCUGGAGCAAGAGGACCGGGUGCGCGUCCUGAAGACGAUCUUCCUCUUCCAGACGCUCGCCAAGCCGCAGCUGACCCGGCUGGCCGGCGCCCUGCAGACGACCACCGUGGCCGAGGGCCAGCGGGUCUUCUCGCAGGGCGACGCCGGCGCGGCGCACUUCUACGUCAUCCGCACGGGGCUCGUGGCCGUGGACAUCGACGGCCGGAGGGUGCGCACCCUCGGGAAGGGCGACUACUUCGGGGAGCGGGCGCUGCUCGGCAACGAGCCCAGGUCGGCGAGCGUCGUGGCCGUAGAGGAGGGCGAGUUGUGGAUGAUGAACAAGGGCACCUUCCAGGAGAUAAUGCAGGGGCCCUGCCUGGAAUACCUCACGUCCCGCAUCGCGCUGCAGGACACGAGGCUCGAGUUCGGGGACCUGGAUUUCGUGAGGGUCGUCGGCCGGGGAGGCUUCGGGGUUGUCAAGAUGGUGAAAGCGAGGCGGACCGACACGCGCUACGCGCUCAAGUGCAUGCGCAAGCGGGACGUCGUGGAGAGGGGCCAGCAGGAGAUGGUCAUGUCCGAGCGCAGCAUCUUGGCCGAGGUUGACCAUCCCUUCAUGGUCAAGUACGUGCGUUCGUUCAAAACCAAGACCAGAAUCUAUUUCCUGAUGGAGCUCGUCAGCGGAGGAGAGUUGCUGGACGCCUUGGACAAGAUGGGCCUGCUGAACCACCAGCAGGCAAUGUUCUACACGGGCUCGAUCGUAUUAGCCCUCGAGUUCCUGCACGAGCGGCGGAUCGCAUACCUUGACCUCAAGGCCGAGAACUGCCUGAUAGACCGCCAGGGCUACCUGAAGCUGAUCGAUUUCGGCAUAGCCCAGCGCAUCACCGCCGCCCGCUGCCACGUGAGCAAGGGCACGCCCGUCUUCAUGGCCCCGGAGAUGAUCCUUGGGAAGGGCUACACCACGGUGGCGGACCUGUGGAGCCUGGGCGUCUGCCUCUACGACUUCGUGGUGGGCGAGUUCCCGUUCGCCAACGGGCUCUCGAACUGGGGGGAGAUCGCCAACCAGGUGGUGAGCGCAGAGCUGCGAUUUCCGCCGCGGGAGGACGAGCCCCGCUGGGAGGCCAUCGUCUCCCUGAUCCGGGGCCUGCUCAACCGAGACCCCGUUCGGCGGCUGGGCGCGGGCUUCGAGGGCUUCACCACCCUGAAAGAGCACGCCUUCUUCCGGGGGCUCGACUGGGACCGCCUCCUCGGCCGCGAGCUGAUCCCGCCCUUCCUGCCCGAGUGCGAGACCUAUGCGGAGGACAAGGAGGCGCCCAGCCAGGCGUCCAGCACCACGUUGCGGCCAUUGGAGGACGUCGAGGCCGAGAUCGACCCUCGCGAUGAGGGAUGGCAGGACCCCGAUCCGGGCUGGGACGCCGACUUCUAG